ACACACACGCACACAAACCCUGAAACUUCCGGAAACCAAACGAAAGGGCAGAUCAGAAGCAGGAAGCGCAGGCAACUGGCGACGUUUUUCAUAUUUUAAAACAUAUAUUUUAAGAUCUGAGGAACGAGAGAGAGUUUAAUAUAUUCCCAUCACCCUAAACCAAAAAAAAUGGUGAAAAUCUCUCUCCCUGCAGCUCUGGGGCAGAAGCCGGAAAAAACAGAAAGCGAAGCGGACAAAACCGAGAUCCUCAUCCCCCAAGAUGAUGUGGACACUGUUCCAGCAAGAGCUCGGAAGUCGACCAUUAGUGGCUUCUGGUGCCUGACACUUGGAUUGGUUAUCCUUCUUUCUGGACUAAUCUUGGGGGCUGUCUAUGUCUACAAGCACUAUUUUGUUGCUCGGCACCCGCAAGAGAAUAUGUUUCACUGCAGGGUACUCUAUGAUGAAGAUUCAGCCUACGCACCAUUCAGAGCCGGGAUGCAACUGGAAGAGGAUGUAAGAAUUUACCUGGAAGAUGAAGUUGAAUUGAUUAAUGUCCCUGUGCCCCAGUUCAGAGGAGGAGAUGCUGCUGAUAUCAUCCAUGAUUUCCAGCAGAGGUUGACUGCUUAUCAUGACAUUUCUCUGGAUAAAUGCUACGUAAUUGAACUGAACACCACCAUUGUAAUGCCACCUCGCAAUCUCUGGGAACUGCUUGCCAAUGUUAAGAAGGGAACCUACCUGCCACAGACAUACGUUAUUCAGGAGGAGAUGGAAGUCACAGAACAAAUCAGCAACAUGCAGCAACUGGGUACCUUUAUCCACCGGCUGUGCAGUGGAAAAGAAACCUACAAGCUGAAACACAGGAAUGUUAAGAGAGCCAUUGAGAAGCGUGAUAUCAAGAAUUGCCAACGCAUACGACAUUUUGUAAACGUGUUUGUGGUUGAAACAUCCAUCUGUGAAAAGGACUGAACUCCUGAACUCAAUGGCUUACAGUAUCUAUUUUAUUCAAGGCACAGUUGCUUGCAGUUAUUCUUGCACUCAAGGUCAACAAUAUAUUAGUUUCCUGCACUCUUGUUCAUGUUUUUGUGAUGAUUAUGUAAACCUGCUAAUUAAGUGGUCACACUUGCAUUUUAACAUUGCAUUAGUUGCUUUUUGCAAUUCACCAGCCUUUAUGCUGAUGAACAAAUCAGAACAGAAAGGAUAGCCUCUUCCCACCUUUAACACUGCAUGGCUGUAUCUGUUGAACAUUUAAAUUAAGAGUAUGUAUUUCACAAAUUCAUAAUUCACAAGUUUCAGUUGAAAAGACAAGUAACAAAAUGACUAUUUCAACCAAAACGAGAAAAGAAAAAUAUACACCUGAGCCAAAAAUGAGUGUUGCGUAUAUUUAUGCUGUAAAUGUAGCAUAGAAGUAAAUGACAUGCUUGAAAGAAUAAAACUGAUGAAUGAAAAGUGGACUCAAA